AUGAAGGCCGGCCUUCUUUUCACCACCACUUUGGCGAUCGCCACCACAGCCUUGGCUGCUCCGACAUUCUCAGCCCGUCGAGCUCGAUCGCUCUUCUCCAAUACCCAUGGACGCCGACAAAUCUCGCCUGAAUGCGACCUGAACGGGCUCGACAGUGUUGUCAUGCCAGUUGCAAACCCUGCCCUUCCCGGUCCAGGUGAAGAUCUCUUCCUCGCAUCCAUCGUCAUCGGCCGUGGCGUCCAGAACUAUACCUGCGGCAACGAUUCUACUGCUGCUCCGGUCGCCACUGGUGCCGUUGCGAUUCUGUACGAAGCUUCUUGCAUUGCAAUGGAUGAUCCCGAUUUGCUGGCUUCUCUGCCGGGCCAGGCUCUUGCCCUUUCACUACCGGCCGAUCCAGAGGAGGAUCUCGUUUGCGGCGCCCAGCCUCUCGAGCGAAGUGGCCAUCACUUCUUCAAUUCGGCCAAAAUUCCCACUUUCGACUUCACUGAGGCAGCCGAUGAAGCUUUGGGGCUGGGUUUAGUCACUGUUGGUUCCCGUUCGCCCGCACCAGACGCAGCCACUGCUGUUCCGUGGUUGCAGCUGACUCGCGUUGAUGGCAGCGUGGGACCCAUUCAAUCCAUCUAUCGACUCAACACUGCAGGUGGCGUUGCCCCUGCUACAUGCGCAGGUCAGCCAGCCAGCAUCAGUGUCGAAUAUGCCGCGCAAUACUGGGUCUUCUCGUCCGAUGCCUAG